AUGCGUCUCUCUCAAACCCUCACGGCCCUUGUCCUCGCCGUCUCCCUUGCCAACGCCGCCCGCGGCUUCAACUACGGCGCCACCUUCUCCGAUGGCCGCGCAAAGACUCUCAACGACUACGAAGCCGAGUUCCGCACAGCGGCCAGCCUCGCAGGCACCGACGGCGCCUUCACCUCGGCGCGCCUCUACACCAUGAUCCAAAGCGGCACCACCAACGACCCGAUCUCCGCGAUCCAGGCCGCAAUCGCCACCAAAACAUCCCUCCUCCUCGGUCUCUGGGCCUCUGCCGGCGACGCCCAGUUCGCGCACGAGAUUGAGGCUCUGAAGAAGACUAUCGCUCAGUACGGCGACCAACUUCACGGCCUCAUUGACGGAAUCUCCGUCGGUAGUGAGGAUUUGUAUAGGUUGUCGCCGAUGGGCGUAGCCGCGGGCUCGAACCCUGGAGCCCAGCCUGGUUCCAUCGUCGAUUACAUCGCCCAGGUCCGCGCCGCUAUCGCGGGAUCGCCCCUGGAAGGCGCGCCUAUAGGUCACGUCGAUACAUGGACCGCGUGGGGUAAUUCGAGCAACAAAGCCGUUGUCGACGCGUGCGACUGGGUCGGCAUGGACGCGUACCCCUUCUUCGACGACUUCGCGCCCAACUCCAUCGACGACAGCCAGGACCGCUUCGUGGACGGCCUGGGGAAAACGCUGGGGGGUGCUGGAGGUAAGCCGAUCUGGAUCACCGAGACCGGGUGGCCUGUCAGCGGUAAGACGGUUGGUAAAGCUGUGGCGUCGCCUGAGAACGCGAAGAAGUACUAUGACACCAUCGGCUGCCCCAUGUUUGCCAAUGGCACGAAUGUGUGGUGGUACACCUUCCAGGACUCUUCGCCUAUCACUCCCGAUCCCAGCUUCGGCGUCGUCGGCUCUGUUCUAAGCAAUACUCCCAUCUUUGAUCUUUCCUGCCCUGGCAAAGCAAGCGCAAGCUCAUCGUAUUCAGCGCCUGUGGUCACAAGCACUGUUGCUGCUGAAGGCGUUCACGCGUCGACAGGGAAUUCGGCGUCGCCCAUCGUGACGCCCGGCGCCGGUUCCGUGGCCAACGCGACUUACAGCCGCACCACCUUCGCCGCCCAGACCACUGGCGCCAACGCGGGGACUAUUCAUAACUCGAGUACUACUGCGACGCCGACCUCUGUAGUCAUCCCCGCAAGCGGUAACAAGGUGCCUAUCAGCUUGGGUAUCUUGGUCGGCCUGGUGGCAACUGCCAUGCUCUGA